CAGCGACUCACCAGCGACUCACAAGCGACUCACCAGCACCUUCUGCCUCAGACAGUACGAAGUGAAUCGCAGCAGACGACAUGGCUGUGGUUAGCGGAACCUACCGCAUGGUGUCGGAGGAGGAGCAGGCCCUCAGGGCCAAGCUGGAGCGUCUCACCGUGAAGGACCACGGGCCAGUGUUUGGACCCUGUGAGAGCCUUCCAGACCACACCAGGCAGAAGGCCAAGGACGAGCUGUACGAGACGGACGACAAGCGCGCCUCGGCGCUGAAGGAGCUGCGGGCGAUCCUGAAGGAGCGGGCCGACGCCGGCGACGAGCUGGCCAAGGCCGUCCUGGACGCCUUCGGGGAGAAGCCCGACGGCGUGCUGGUCCGGUUCAUCCGCGCCAGGAAGUUCGAUGUGCUCAGAGCCUACGAGCUGAUGAAGGGCUACGUGCGCUUCAGGAGGGACUACCCCGAGCUCUUUGAGAAUCUGACCCCCGAGGCCGUCCGCAGCACCAUCGAGGCCGGGUACCCCGGCAUCCUGCAGAGCCGGGACAAGUACGGCCGCGUGGUGCUGCUCUUCAACAUCGAGAACUGGGACUACGAGGAGAUCACCUUCGAUGAGAUCCUGCGCGCCUACUGCGUGAUCCUCGAGAAGCUGCUGGAGAACGAGGAGACUCAGAUCAACGGCUUCUGCAUCAUUGAGAACUUCAAGGGCUUCACCAUGCAGCAGGCCUCAGGGAUCAAGCCCACGGAGCUCAAGAAGAUGGUGGACAUGCUGCAGGACUCGUUCCCGGCUCGUUUCAAAGCUGUGCACUUCAUCCACCAGCCGUGGUAUUUCACCACCACAUACAAUGUGGUCAAACCACUCAUGAAGAGCAAACUGCUGGAGCGAGUGUUUGUCCACGGAGACGAGCUGGAACAAUACUACAAAGAGUUCGACCCUGAAAUCCUUCCCUCUGAGUUUGAUGGAAAAGGCCCCAAGUACGACGGCAAGCUGACAUCAGCCAAGCUGUUUGACUGAGCUCCUGCCGU